AUGCAGGAUUAUGAGGAGUCUGUGUCCUUUCUGGGGGACUGGGGCCCAUUCCAGAGGAAGAUCUUCUUUGUUCUCUGCAUCACCUGUUUUCCUUGUGGAUUCAACAUCCUGUCUGUCAUUUUUCUGCUGGCCAGUCCCCCACACCACUGCAACAUCCCAGUCAGCAGCAACCUAAGCCUGGAAUGGAUCCAGGCCAACAUCUCAUUACAGGUGGCUGGGCAGACGGAGAGAAACAGCUGCAGUCGGUAUGAGCUGGACUCGAUUAGGAACCUGUCUGCAAUGGGGACCAGUCCAAACUGGAUGAAAAACCAGUCUGUGGAGGAAUCCAUGCCAGAGGUCCUUCUAUCAAACCUGAAACAGGAGGGAUGCAAAGAUGGAUGGACGUACAGUACUGAGUACUUCAAUUCUACUGUGGUCACUGAGUUUAACCUGGUGUGUAGUGACCAGUGGAAGCAGCCUUUGUCUUCACUUAUCUACUUUCUGGGAGGACUCUCCGGGUGUUUUAUCUCAGGAAUGAUCUCCGACAGGUUCGGCAGGAAGCCUGUCCUCUUUGGAUCCAUCGCCAUCCUCAGUGUCUUCAGCAGCGCCGUGGCUUUCGCACCAUCCUGGCCGAUCUUCGUUGUUCUUUUUUUUAUGCAGGGUCUGGGUCAGAUUGCUUCAUACAUAGCUGUGUUUGUAUUGGGCUCAGAAAUCCUUGUGGGCUCAAGCAGAGUCCUUUUCUGCAGUCUGGGUGAGCCUUUUGCCUUUGUGUUCUCCAUGAUGCUUCUGACUGCAACUGCAUACCUGGUCAGGAGCUGGAGAUACCUGUCCCUCAUCAUGGCUUUACCUGGCUUGGCUUGUAUCCCCCUCUGGUGGAUGAUUCCAGAAUCUCCUCGCUGGCUGCUGUCUCAUGGCCGCUUGCAAGAGGCCACACGUCUGCUGAGGUUAGCUGCUCUGGAGAACAGAGUGGAAGCCCCACCUGUCAUUUUCGACACUUCCAAAGCUGAAAAAACUGAAAGACAGGAGCCAGAGUCGGUCAGGUUCCUGGACCUGUUGAAGAAGGCAAAAAUUCGAAAUGUAACGAUAAAACUGUGGAUUAUUUGGUUUUCUGUGAGUGUCAGCUACUUUGGCCUGUCCUUUAGUACCUCUUCUUUGUAUGGAAACCCCUAUCUGAACUACUUCCUGCUCACAGCUGUGGAGCUCCCAGCAUACUUUGCCAGCUGGCUGGCUGCCCGAAAGUGUCCUCGCCGUCUUUCAUUUGUCAGCUUCUCCCUUCUGGGGGCACUGGCACUUUUUCUUAUCCAGCUCACCAUGAACAGUGUUUGA